UUGUCUUCCUCGCCCACCACCGUCUCCGUUCACGACCAGCGACCAGCUGCACGCCCCUCCUUAGCCUCCCCCGCCUCCAGCAGCCAUGUUCUCGCGCCCCGUCGUCCUCGCCCUCGCCCUCCUCGCUGCCAACGCCGUCUCCGCCCAGACGUGCGCGCGCAACUACACCGUCGUCGCAGGCGACAUCUGCGACAGCAUCUCCGCUGCCCAGAACGUCUCCACCUACCAGCUCGCCGAUGUCAACCCUGGCAUCGACCCCCGCUGCGACGACCUCACCCCCGGCGAGACCCUCUGCCUCGGCUACGUCGGCUCCGACUGCACCACCACCCACGUCGUCUCCGCCGACGAGACCUGCGAAGGCGUCGCCGCGACCUACAGCAUGAACACCACCCUCCUCCUGCAGGGCAACCCCCAGGUCAACGCCGACUGCCAGAACCUCUACACCGGCGAGGUCCUUUGUGUCGCCCCGGAUGGCACCGCGUCCGCGUCCUCCGCCGCCGCGUCGCCGACCGCCAGCGGCACCGGUGCCCUCUCGACCGGGGACGACGGCGACGACGACGACGACAUUCCCUUCUGCGACGAGCUCUAGGCACGUCCCCGCCCGGAGGAACCUGCUGGCCUCGUUUCGUCUCGUCGCACGUCCCUGGGUCCGCCCGUCUGACACUGCCCCGCCAUCGUCGCAUCAUACCUCCCUUCCCCACGCUCACUCCCUUCCCGCAUACUGUCUGUCGCAUCCUGUCGCAAGCGCUAGGAUACCGCGCUGACCGUAGCUACUGCUCUAUACCCGGCACGAUACGUAUGCUAGUCUGCGCGCCGUGCGGGUUCUUAUCGAUUUGAAUUGAUUUCAACUCGUCCGUUCCGUGUUUAAUAAAUCUGCGUUGUUUGUUGUCCCCGCG